CCGGAGCAGGUAGAUUUACUGCACAGGUUAUCAUAGCGAUUUAUGUCGGUAAUAAGUGAGCCACCUUCAUAGUAGGCCACGGAAGUCACCCGGAUAAACCCAGACUUGCUUCGUAGUAAGAGUAGAUCUUUGGUGUCGUUAUGGCAUCCGCUAGACGGAGAAACAAUGAGACCUCGUUAGACGAAUGUCAGUCAUCGAGCAAGCUGCCGCGGAAUGACAAGAGUCACAUAGCAGCUUUAAUUUUAGCUCGAGGGGGGAGCAAAGGGAUCCCGCUGAAAAACAUCAAGAUGCUGGCCGGGGUCCCGCUCAUCGGGUGGGUGCUGAGGGCCGCCGUGGACUCGGGAGUGUUUGACAGUGUGUGGGUAUCAACAGACCAUGAUAAAAUUGAGGAAGUUGCAAAGGCAUGGGGUGCUCAGGUGCACCGGAGGAGUCCUAAAGUCUCCAGAGACUUUUCAUCAUCAGUAGAAACCAUCCAAGAGUUUCUUGAGCACCAUAAAGAGGUGGAUAUAGUUUGCCACUUCCAGGCUACAUCACCGUGUCUCCACCCGUUCCACGUGAAGGAGGCCUUAGAGAAGAUCACGGUGCACGGUUACGAUUCAGUCUUCGCAGUGGUCAGGAGACACCAGUUUCGCUGGAAGGAGGUUGAAAAAGGAUCUGGUGAGCAAACAGUGCCAUUCAAUCUGGACCCAGCCAAACGGCCGCGGCGUCAGGACUGGCCAGGGGAGCUGUGUGAGAAUGGCUCAUUUUACUUCGCCAAAAAAGAGCUCAUUAAAAAGGAAGGACACUUGCAGGGCGGUAAGUUAACCUACUAUGAGAUGCUGCCGGAGUACAGCGUAGAUAUAGACGUGGACAUCGACUGGCCUGUGGCAGAACAGAGGGUUCUCAGGUACGGUUACUUCGGUAAGGACACACCAGAGGUGGUCCGCCUAAUGUUCUGCAACAUUUCUGGCUGUUUAACUGAUGGAAAGAUCUUUAUGUCUGUGUCGGGAGAGGCAAUGGUGUCUGUCAACACCAGAGACACAACUGGGCUUCGGAUGCUGCAGGAAGAACAAGUUGAGGUCAUACUGUUGACCACAGAGAAAGACCCCAUUGACCCAGCUUUGCUUCAAAAACUUGAAGAUAGGAUAAAGUGCAAGGUCGAGAAGGUGGGAAAGGAGCCGCUGAAUGAUUUGAAGUCAAUCGUUGAGAAGAAGAAGCUGGAAUGGAAGGAUGUGGCGUUCAUGGGUUUUGAUCAAGCAGAUGUGAAAUGCCUGAACCUGGCAGGGCUGAGUGCCGUACCCGACGAUGCUCCAGCUGUGGCUAAAAAGGCUGCAAAGUACAUCUGCCGUUGUGCUGGGGGAUCGGGAGCCGUGAGGGAUUUCACCGAGCACAUUCGGCUGCAGAAGCAAAUGGCAAAAUCUCAGAGGGAGCACGACCGCAUCGACCGCCACAACUUCUAAUCUUAAAAGAAGUCUACAUGGAAAAAGUUGAGAGUAAUAAAACAAAACGAUGCACAUGCAUGUUAGAAAUAUUGAGGCCAGGUUUACAGUAACCCUCUUUCAAUCUAAGGUUUUAUAUAUCAGGACAUCAAAACACAUUAACACAUUAACACAUUAUAAAACACUUUUUAAAAAAACUAGCUACAAGGAAACUGUUCCCACUAAAGGUCCAAACAACAAACUUGUUGCACCACUUGAGGCAACCAAGGCAGCUGGUCACGUGUGACCCAAAAGUAAAGAAAGGUCUGAACCAAGCAUCACUGGAUAUUUCACUAACCAUACUGCAUCUGACA